AUGUAUUACAUUAAAAUCAUAUUGUGUUUGUGCUUAUCUGUGUUAAAUGUAAGCUCCAUGGCAUUACGUGGUGGGCCAUUAACGAGAUACGAGCCUUGUGCCUUAGGAGCUUUACAUUUCGAUAAAAUCUCUGACAGAUUUUGGCAAGGAGUUGUCAAUUUACAUCUCUACUCUGAAUACGCCAAUCAAGUGGAGUUUAAUGUUUACUUUGACAAACAAGUCAAAAUUUAUGGGGCUUCACAAAACAGUACUUUUAAAGUAAAGGACAAUUAUCACAAUUACACUUUCAAGCCUAAAGACGGUGUUCCAUCACGAUACGUAUUUUUUGUUAAAAUUGAAAGUUUCGAAACGGAAGUGCCAACUGUGAGAACAUUUUCCAUAAACAACCAAACACUUUGCGACGACAUCAUUAAAGCAUCUCAAAAAGUAGAGUCUCUUAAUGUGACGGACGACAACAGAUUCUACAAACAUGUUUGUGGUCGAAGAGCUUUGGAUCACGCUGAGCUAACUUCAGUGAGGACAGAAUCUAAAGCUGGCGACUGGCCCUGGCAUGUCGCUGUGUAUCAUAAAGAUGAAAAUUUAACCUUAUCGUGGUAUGAAUGCGGUGGAAAUAUUAUAUCCAGGACAGCGAUUGUUACAGCUGCACAUUGUGUAAGAAGAAGUGGUGAAACUCUGGAUCCAGAAAGAAUUAUUAUUGUAGCCGGUAUUAGUAAUCAUAAGGAUAUGAAUGAAAUUGGACGACAAAUGUAUAUAGCAGAGAAGGUGAUAGUCCAUCCUAGUUAUAAUGACGUUGACGCAACAGCAGAUUUGGCUGUAAUUAAAAUUAGCAAACUGAAGUUCACAGAGUUUGUCCAACCUAUUUGCAUUUGGGGACCUGUUUAUGAUAAAUCAAAUCUGUUCGGAAAUCAAGCAACUGUGGUAGGGUUUGGUUCAACAGAAGACAACAAACUAUCAGAUAUCCUAAGGUCUACAUACACGAUGGUGCAAAAUGACUCUACGUGUAUCAACUACUCCCCAAAGCUGUACCGGAGUCUGCUUAACGAAUUCACUUUUUGCGCUGGAUUCGGACCUACUUCUGGCAUCAACCCGCGCAACGGCGAUAGCGGUGGUGGUCUAGUAGUAUCAACCGUGCAAACAGAUCACCUGAUCACCUGGUUUCUGCGAGGCGUGCUCUCCAGAUGUGGAGUGUCCCCUGGCCACAAAGAAUGCGAUCCUAAAUUCUACGUAGUGUACACUGACGUAGGACCACACUACGGUUGGCUGUACCAUCACUCUGGGUUGCAAUUCAGAAGUAACAUUAUGUGAUAUAUAUAUAGUAUAUGAUAUAAAUUUUUUAAUAGAUUUUAAGGUGAUAGAUAACAUUAUAGUGUUUAUGUUCCUAUAUAUAAU